AGAGUGUAUUGACAAGUCAAGGUCCAGUAGGCAGGGUUGCUCGGUCUUAUAAAUAAAGGACGCCUGAGGUAAUAGCCGCAUUUCUCGCAAGUCCAUCAUACAGGAAGACGACGCUGGUCUGCACGCACCUAUAAAAUGGAUAACAGGUGCGACUGUUUGGCCGACAGCAACCGGCUGUCGAACCCAAUCCUUUACAACAUCCUCAGCCGAAUGGAUAACAGCAAACCGAGCCGAAACCAGGUCGACUGCAGCUCAGAACCGCACAGAUGCAGCUGCGAGCGUCGGCGGACGGUGUGUCUGAAGAGACCGGCUGAGAUCUGCAAGGAGGCGUCGGCGGUUCUGGUCAAGACGAUCCACUUCAUGAGGAGCCUGCCCGCGUUCAACCAGCUGCCAGUAAACGACCAGUUCUCGCUCCUCACGAGCUGCUGGGCGCCGCUCUUCAUCCUGGGCCUGGCCCAGGAGCGCGUGAGCUUCGAGGUGAUGGACGUCCCUGCUGACAGCAUGCUGAAGAAGAUCCUCCUGAACCGCCAGGAGCGCCGUGACGUGGAGCGCGAGGAGCCCACGAUGGCGGGUGUCGGCAAACUCGUGCGGUGCCUCAAAAAGUUCUGGAGCUUGGAUUUAAGUCCAAAAGAAUAUGCAUACCUGAAAGGGACCACGAUAUUCAAUCCAGACGUCCCGCAUUUAAGGGCCGCUCUCUUCGUCGAAGGCUUGCAGCACGAGGCGCAGCACGCCCUCAGCCACGUGGUGCGGCUCCUUCACCCGGGGGACCACGAGCGCUUCGCCCGCAUCCUCCUCACGGCCUCCACGCUGCGGAGCGUCACGCCCAGCCUGCUCACCGAACUCUUCUUCCGGCCCGUGAUCGGCCAGGCGGACCUGCUGGAGCUGCUGGUCGACAUGCUCUUCUGCAGAUGAGGGGGGUGCUCCUCGUGCAGAUGUGCUGGGGGGAUGUUUUUAAGUGCGUCACAACCAACGCCACUGAUGCUAACUAAAAACUAAUGUACCACAUGGGCCCGGAUCCAAGAUCAUAUCUGUUUGUAUUCAAUGUUGUAAAUAGGUUUGGUCUGUGUUUACAGAAAACUUUAAAUAAAUAUAUUUUUUUACAUGAAUGAGCC